AUGGCGACCUUUCUCGAGAAUGCAUACAGCUUAGUCCACCAGGACAAUGCUGCCGACAUCCCCUCUCAGCAAGACCUCAAGAACCAGCUCGAAAAAGGAACGGACGAGAGCAAGGUGGACACCAUGAAGCGCAUCCUCACCAUCAUGCUGAACGGAGACUCGUUACCAGGACUCCUUAUGCACAUUAUCCGUUUCGUUAUGCCGUCCAAGUACAAACCCCUCAAGAAGCUCUUGUACUUUUAUUACGAGAUCUGCCCCAAGCUGGACUCGCAAGGAAAGCUCAAGCAAGAAAUGAUCUUGGUCUGUAACGGCAUCCGCAACGACUUGCAACACCCCAACGAGUACAUCCGUGGAAACACCCUCAGAUACCUGUGCAAGCUUCGCGAACCAGAGCUGAUCGAGCCUCUCCUUUCCUCGGCACGAUCCUGUCUGGAGCACCGACACGCAUACGUCCGGAAGAAUGCCGUCUUUGCCAUUGCCUCCAUCUACAUCCACUCGCCCUCCCUCAUUCCGGAUGCUGCCGAUUUGAUUGCUACAUUCCUCGAGGGCGAGAGCGACGCUACCUGCAAGCGCAAUGCAUUCUCUGCCCUCGCCAGCAUAGAUCACGACAAGGCAUUGGCAUACCUCAGCCAGGUCUUCGACGGAAUCGCCAACUCGGAGGAGCUGCUGCAGCUGGUCGAGCUCGAGUUCAUUCGUAAGGAUGCUGUGCAGAAUUCCCAGAACAAGGCACGGUACCUGCGCCUCAUCUUCGACCUCCUCGAGGCCAACACAUCCACCGUCGUCUACGAGGCUGCUUCCUCCUUGACCGCUCUCACCUCAAACCCUGUCGCCGUCAAGGCUGCUGCUGCCAAGUUCAUUGAGCUAAGCAUCAAGGAGGCUGACAACAAUGUCAAGCUCAUCGUCCUCGACCGCGUCGACCAGCUGCGACAGAAGAAUGAAGGUAUACUGGACGACCUGACAAUGGAAAUGCUGCGUGUCUUGUCAAGCCCCGAUAUCGACGUAAGGAGGAAGGCCUUGAGCAUUGCCCUGGACAUGGUGUCAAGCAAAAAUGUCGAGGAAGUCGUCCUGCUGCUCAAGAAGGAACUCUCCAAGACGGUUGACGAAUCGUACGAGAAGAAUGCCGAGUAUCGUCAACUGCUCAUCCAUUCCAUCCACCAGUGCGCCAUCAAGUUCUCCGAGGUCGCGCCCUCCGCCGUCGAGCUUCUCAUGGACUUCAUCGCCGAUUUCAGCAACACGACUGCUGUCGAUGUCAUCAACUUCGUCAAGGAGGUCGUCGAGAAGUUCCCCAAGUUGCGUCAGACCAUCAUUGAGAGGCUCGUUGCGACUCUCAGCGAGGUUCGUGCUGGCAAGGUUUACCGUGGCAUCGUAUGGAUCAUCGGUGAGUACUCCCUCGAGGAGAAGGAUAUCAGAAAUGCCUGGAAGGGCAUCCGUGCCAGCCUCGGCGAGAUCCCCAUCUUGGCCUCGGAACAACGACUGCUUGACGCUGGUGAGGAAGGGAAGGACGAAGAACAGGUCAACGGUCACUCGAAGCCCGCCCAACCCUCCGGAUCGCGACGCGUCUUGGCCGACGGUACCUAUGCUACAGAAACUGCUCUCACUAGCUCUGCAGCGGCGGCCGCUAAGCUAGAGGCCGUCAAGGCAGCGCAGAAGCCCCCGUUGAGGCAGCUGAUCCUUGACGGUGACUACUACCUAGCUACUGUACUUGCAGCCACCCUUACAAAGCUAGUCAUGCGCCACUCGGAGUUGUCCAAGGACACCGCCCGCUCCAACGCCCUGAAGGCCGAGGCCAUGUUGAUCUGCAUUUCCAUCAUUCGUGUCGGUCAGUCUCAGUUCGUCAAAGCGCCAAUCGACGAGGAUUCCGUCGACCGUAUCAUGUCUUGUGUCAGGUCGUUGGCUGAGUUCCAGCAGAAGAAGGAGCUCGAGGCUGUGUAUCUCGAGGACACGCGGAAAGCUUUCCGCGCCAUGGUUCAAGUCGAGGAAAAGAAGCGUGCUGCGAAGGAGGCACAUGAGAAGGCGAAAUCCGCCAUCCAGGUCGAUGAUGCUGUGCAAAUCCGCCAACUUUCCAAGAAGAACCAGGGCGAUGGUGCUGAUCAGAUUGAGCUGGAUCUUGAGAAAGCCACCGGCGGCGAUGCGCCCGCCGAGGAUCUUUCCUCAAAGCUCAGUCGGGUUGUCCAACUCACCGGUUUCUCGGACCCCGUUUAUGCCGAGGCAUACGUCAAGGUUCAUCAAUUCGACAUUGUCCUUGAUGUUCUGCUGGUCAACCAAACCACCGAAACCCUGCAAAACCUCUCGGUCGAAUUCGCUACCCUCGGCGACUUGAAGGUUGUUGAGCGGCCCACAACACAAAACCUCGGACCUCACGAUUUCCAUAAUGUACAAUGUACAAUCAAGGUAUCGUCCACAGAUACUGGCGUUAUCUUUGGCAACGUGGUGUAUGACGGUGCUCACAGCACGGAUACCAACGUCGUUAUCCUGAACGAUCUUCAUGUCGAUAUCAUGGACUACAUUCAGCCAGCAACCUGCACAGAAACACAAUUUAGGACCAUGUGGACUGAGUUCGAAUGGGAGAACAAGGUCAACAUCAACUCGAAGGCCAAGACCUUGCGGGAGUUCCUGGACGAGCUCAUGAAGUGCACAAACAUGAAUUGCUUGACACCUGAGGCCAGUCUGAAGGGCGACUGUCAGUUCCUCAGUGCCAACUUAUAUGCCAGAAGCGUAUUUGGUGAGGAUGCUUUGGCAAACUUGAGUAUUGAGAAGGAGGGCGAGGAUGGGCCCAUAACUGGUUUCGUCAGGAUAAGAAGCAGGUCGCAAGGUCUAGCCUUGAGCCUGGGUAGCCUGAAGGGUUUGAACAAGAUCGGCUCAUCAUAA